AAUUUCUGUUCUCUCCCACAAGGUGAUUGGUUUUUGGUCCAUCCCCACAUACAAACAAAAACCAUGAAGAAAACUGCGGUCAUCCAGGUUUCCAUGGAUGGGCAGAGGAAUGAAGGUGAGAAGGCCCGCAGAAAAGCCAUGAAGAUUGCAGUUGGCCUUUCAGGGGUGGAAUCAUUAGCUUUGAAAGGGCAAAACAGGGACGAAAUAGAGGUAAAAGGAGAUAGUAUUGAUACUGUUAAACUUGUAACGUUGCUAAGGAAGAAAGUAGGGCAUGCAAGCAUAGUAAGCGUUGCAGAAGACAAGAAAGAAGAGAAAGAAGAAGAGAAAAAAGAUGAGAAGAAAGAUGAACCGAAGAUACAGUGGCCUCAUGGACCCCCCUACGUAUUCUAUGAGAUUAGAGACCCCUCUUAUGACACAAAUGUUUGCUCCAUCAUGUAAUUUUGUAUCAACCGGUGGAAAUAACCACAAAGAGGGAGACAGUUUGAACCGUUAAAAUAUACAUCUUCUCCGGGUCUUCAUGAUAAAUUUCCAUUUAGAUAAGAUUAAAUUUCUUUUAAGUACGUACCCAAAAAACAAAAUAAAUAAAUAAAUCCUCAAUGCUUCUUGAGCUGAUGGAGAUGUAUUCUAGUAUUAAA